AUGGCCGAGGAGUUCUCCAAAGCCGUCGACGACGGUCUCCGCCUCUCCAAACGCCUAUACUUCGGGAAGGACCGGUCCGUGUCGCCGCCCAAGCCGCCGCCGGCCAUGCACAAAUCGGUCGCCGGCCGCACCUACCUCCCUACGUCGCCGAUGGUCUACGCCGUGAUUUCCGACCCGACGAUCGUCGACAACCCGGACAUCCCGAGCUACCAGCCGCACGUGCACGGCAGGUGCGACCCGCCGGCGCUCAUUCCGCUUCCGAUGAACAGGGUUGACCUGGAGGUCGAUUGCUUCAUGGACACCGCGUUUAUUCGGGUCACCGGGUCGUGGAGGGUCCACUGCGUCAAGAGCUCCAGGAGCUGCGGCUGCCGCAUUGCUAUCCCUAUGGGUGAACAGGGUUCAAUUCUAGGUGUUGAGGUUGAAAUUUCUGGUAAAUCAUUCUAUACAAAGUUAGUUGAAUCGAAAGACGAGGCGGAUUUGAGCAAGGUUCCUCAUGGAGAAGGAGGCUUUCUCAAUGUUAAGCCUCAUAUCUUCACAUUGACAAUGCCGCCGAUUGAUGGGGGAGUCAAUCUCACAGUGAAAAUGAGUUGGUCUCAGAAGUUACUCUAUCGAAAUGGAGAGCUUUCUUUGGAUGUACCGUUCACAUUUCCUGAGUUUGUCGUCCCACCCGGAAAGAAGUACCUGAAAAAGGAGAAGAUCCAAUUGAAUGUGAACUCUGGUCUGGGAACUGGAAUUCUAUUCAAGGGAGCUAGCCAUCUUUUGAAGGAAAUGCAGAGCCAAGAUGGUAAACUGGGUUUUAAGUACGAGGGAGAUGUUGUCGAUUGGUCAAAAACUGACUUCCAUUUCUCAUAUGCUGUCUCUUCAAGCCAAAUACGUGGUGCUGUUAUCUUGCAGUCACCGUCCAAGGAUGAUGUUGAUCAAAGAGAGAUUUUCUCUGUCUAUCUUCUUCCAGGAAACCAGCGAAGUAGAAAGGGUUUCAGAAGGAAUAUAGUGAUUGUUGUUGAUAUAAGUGGAAGUAUGCAGGGAAAGCCACUUGAGGAUACUAAGAAUGCACUAUUGGAAGCCCUCCUUAAACUUGAUCCAGAGGAUUCAUUCUGCAUUAUAGCUUUUAAUGGACAGACUUAUACUUCAUCUACAUCAUUAAAAUCGGCUACCAAGGAGGCUAUCGACUCAGCCAUUGAGUGGAUAGGCAUAAAUUUUAUUGCUGGCGGUGACACAAAUAUUUUGCGUCCCCUUAACAUGGCAAUAGAUAUGCUAUCCAACUCUAAUGGUUCACUUCCUCUCAUAUUCCUGGUUACUGAUGGGGCAGUCGAAGAUGAGAGACAAAUCUGCGAUGUAAUAAAAAAGCGUCUUGCAAGUGACAAUGCUAUAUCCCCUCGCAUAUACACUUUUGGAAUAGGUUCGUUCUGCAACCAUUAUUUCCUGCGGAUGCUAGCAACGAUUGGAAGGGGCCAACAUGAUGCUGCCUAUGAUAUAGAGUUCGUUCAGCGUCGAAUACAGAAACUAUUUGCGAGAGCUUCAUCUGUGAUUCUUACAAAUAUAACCAUUGAGACAUUGGACGAUCUUGAUGAUGUAGAGGUGUUUCCUUGCCAUAUUCCAGACCUAUCAUUUGAGAGUCCAUUGAGUGUAUCUGGGAGAUUCCGAGGCAAAUUACCGGAGAGCUUCAAAGUUAAUGGAUUCUCAGCUGAUAUGUCGACUAUUGUGAUCGACAUGAAAUUCCAAGAUGCAAAGGACAUACCUCUUCACAGGGUAUGUGCAAAAGAAGAGAUUGAGUUACUGACUGCUCAGGCAUGGCUGUCAGAGAACAAGCAGCUUGAGGAUAAGGUAGCUAAAAUGAGUGUACAUACGGGUGCUGUGAGUGAGUAUACACGCAUGGUCAUAUGUCAAAAGGAAGAAGUUGUACAGAAGGCCUCAAAGAAAAGCCAGGGCAAGAAGAAGGAUAUCGAAACCCUGAAAAUGAUAUUGCCACACAGUUUGUGUGUCGGCUUUGGAAAUGUGACCGCAACUUCAGACAACCUUUUUCCAGGAACCGAAGAACCAAAGCUUCCAGAAGCAGCUGAAAUUUUCAUAAAAGCCACUUCAAACUGCUGUGGCUCAAUGUGCAAUAACUGCUGUUGCCUGGCCUUCAUCAAAUGUUGUUCCCAUGUAAACCCUCAGUGUGCGAACGUAUUAACCCAGCUCUUUACUGGUUUGGCCUGUGUUGGCUGCCUAGGUUGCUGUGCAGAACUUUGUUGUGGUCGAGGAAAUGGCGGAUCAUAAAUCUUUGUAGAGUAGUGUAUAGGAACUUCUGCAUUUUCUUCAAAAAAUUG